UCUCGCUUUACGGUGGUGCAAAAAAUGUCGCGCAGUCUUUCCCACCAACGCUGAAACGCCAGUGUGCACCGUUGACCGACGCAUCUUUAUUUCAUCUUUUUUUAAACGCAAGACACCCAGGCUUCACUGUGAAGGGAGCACAAAUGGGAUCGGACCGACUGAUCGGAGCGGUCGAGAUUUGACGCUGCGCGUAAUCGGUGAAAGCUUCUCACCGGCUGACCUGGCGUAGGCGCACCGGACCCGGCAGGAGACCGGGCAGGAGAACCAGCACAUGUGCUAAAAUGGAAACGACUGUCAACAUCUGCCUCCAGACCUGCUCGAGCUGAAGGCUUUUGCUGUCUUCUGCGACGCGACGAGGAGGAUGGUCUUUGCCCUACAUGUGAUUGUCAUGUCUUCGGCGUUUUUCAACCCCAGUUUUGCCUUCAGCUCUCACUUCGAUACAGAUGGGGCUCCGCUGAGCGAGCUGUCAUGGCCUUCAUCGCUGGCGGUGGUAGCGGUCUCCUUCUCUGGCCUCUUCACCUUCGUCUUCCUCAUGCUGGCCUGCCUCUGCUGCAAGAAGGGAGACGUCGGCUUCAAGGAGUUUGACAACACUGAGGGAGAGGAGUACCAGGCGGAUCUCUCCGCCCUGGCCUCGCCUUCCUCCCAGAACGGCCCAGAGGUCUACAUCCUUCCCCUCACUGAGGUCUCCCUGCCUGUGUCCAAGCAGCCGGGCAGAUCCAUCCAGCUGCUGAAAUCCUCAGACCUUGGCCGCCAUAGUCUCCUGUAUCUAAAGGAGAUUGGACAUGGCUGGUUUGGAAAGGUUCUGCUGGGCGAGGUCAAUGCGGGUCUCAGCACUACGCAGGUUGUGGUGAAGGAGCUGAAGGCCAGUUCCAGUGUCCAGGACCAGAUGCAGUUCCUGGAGGAGGUGCAGCCAUACCGAACCCUCCAGCACCCUGCCCUCCUGCAGUGUCUGGCACAGUGCUCAGAGGUUACUCCUUAUCUGCUGGUCAUGGAGUUUUGCCCCCUGGGCGAUCUGAAGAGUUACCUCCGCAGUUGUCGGGUUGCUGAUUUGGAGACUCCCGACCCUCUUAUCCUCCAGCGAAUGGCUUGUGACAUUGCCUCGGGGCUUGUGCACCUGCACAAAUACAACUUCAUACACAGUGACUUGGCCUUGCGAAACUGCCUGCUAACUUCAGAAAUGUCAGUUAAGAUCGGGGACUAUGGGCUCUCUCACAGCCGAUACAAGGACGACUACCACGUGACACAAGACCAGAUUUGGGUGGCCCUGCGCUGGAUUGCACCGGAGCUCAUAGACGAGGUCCACGGAAACCUGCUGGUGGUUGACCAAACCAAAAGCAGCAACAUAUGGUCGCUGGGGGUGACUGUGUGGGAGCUGUUUGAGCUGGGAAACCAGCCGUACAGACACUACUCUGACAGACAGGUGCUGACAUACGCCGUGAAGGAACAGCAGCUCAAACUGCCUAAACCCCAUCUGCAGUUCCCAAUGGCUGAGCGCUGGUAUGAGGUGAUGCAGUUCUGCUGGCUGCAGCCCGAGCUGAGGCCCAGCAGCGAGGAAGUGCACCUUCUCGUCACAUACCUGUGCGCCAAAGGCUCCAGUGAAGCCGAAGAGGACUUUGAACAACGCUGGAACGCCUUGAGACCCAACUUGCUUGGCAGUACCUCGCACACAGCUCCAUCCACAGCCCUAGUCCUGACCCCUACACCUGCACCGGCUGAUGUCUCUGACACAGACCAAACUCAGGCAGUGGAGCUGGCCUCCUCUGCAUCGUCCUCCUUCCCCCUCCUGGAACACUUUUCUGACAGCUUCCACUCAGAGACCGGGGACGACCUGCUGACGGUCACAGAGACUAGCCACGGCCUCAACUUUGAGUACAAGUGGGAACAGGCUCGAGCUGAGCAGCCGUACUGCUCCUCCUCCACCAGCGGGCCUCUGGGCCAGGGGAACCCGUAUUACCAGGAUAUUUACUAUUCGAGCAAAGGAAGUACCUCGGAGGGCUGCAAGACAGACAGCCUGACCUCGAGUGUGUCCCUGUCCUAUUAUGAACCCGAACACCCAGGUGUAGUUCCGGUGCUGAGUGCCCACAGCCCCUCAGUAAGCAGCGAGUACUACAUACGCAUAGAGGAACCAGUAGAAUGUAAUAUUAACCUGGAUGACAGCAUUGUGGACUACAGCCCAGGACCGGAGCUCGGUAACAGCAGGUUGUCCCCCGAGAGUCGGAUUGGUUCGUCCAUGGCACAGCCCCGUGCUUACUGGUCAACUGCAGACAACACCGCGCUUUCUAACUAUGACUCUGAUUCAAGCCCCACCGUUCAACUAAACAUAGAUCCGCUGCUGAGACAAGCACCCGGCACGAGCCCUGUAAAGGUAGGCCACUCCCACAACUGCUUCUCAUCCAAUCAGGACGGCACAAUAUAUUGUGAACAGCCUUCAGGAUACAAAGCGCGCCCCCAACCCUGUGUGUCUGAACUGGAUUCAUCAGCAGAGUCCCAAUCGAACCAUGUCCAUCCAGCGGGGCGGUUAGAAAACUCGCGCAGUUUGUCACAAGCAGUGAGCAGCCCCAGCUUGGGCUUCUGCGAUCCCUACCUUGAAGCAAGCACGGGUCGUGCCACAGUGAAUGAAAACUGUCAUAAUAUAAUGGAUCCCCUCAGAAAGACACUACCCAUUGUUAACCACAUCAGUAUCGAUAUAGGGACAGACGACGGCCUGCUGGUGGGCCAGCGGAGAGGUGAAGACAUUGAGGAUGACCUUUUCUCAGAGGGCGAUGCCACCAACUGGACCUCGAACCAUUCAGCAAACAAUAAUAGCCUGAGCUUUGAAAGCAGACAGACAGGCAGUGGGCAUGACAGUUAUCUGGACCUUCACUACGUUGGCCAUUCUGAGACAACAGAGUCGUGGUCUUUAACCAAGGCCACCAACAGAACCUUCCACAGCUCCACGUCUGCUGGCACUCUGGAGGCAGAAGGAGGAGACACCGUUUGUAAUGCUGCUAGAAAGCCCAAUGAAUUGGAUUCAUACGUUAACUUAUGUCACAAAGAAAGAGAGGGAGCUGCCACACAAUUGGAGAGUGCAGAAAAUGUAAGAAAUAUUGAUUCUCAUACCAGCGCAAAUACUUAUUCCAGAGGUGCAAACGGUGGUAAAGUGGAGGGAAAAUAUGAAAAGCAAAUGCUCCUUAAUGGAGAGAGACUGUACUCUGAGCCUAAGAUGAUACCUGAGUCAAGUUAUGUGAAGUCCCCUUCCUCUUUCAAAGAACCUCAGGCUGGUCAAGCAGGACCCUUGUCAGACAAACACAGAGGUCACUUCUGGGACGGGGGUUCGUCGGGAAUACCUGUUGGUCUUGGAGACAAGAGGCUAAACUGUCCAGAGACAUUGGAAAGUAGCAGAGCACUGGAUGGUAAAGUGAGGGUAAGAGGAUCCAGCAUUGGCCUGAUUGAGAUCGGUGACUACAGUGAGGAUGAGGAUGAUGACAUAACAGAUAUCACGUCGUGUAUCUUUGCCGACUUCAAUCUAGAUUACGUUGAGGUGGAGGAGGAAGAGCUAAGCCCAUUGAAGAAUCCGGAGGGAACUCCCGACUCCGUAGACACCCUCAAUCUGUCCUCAUCGAUGGCAAGCCCCUGCGAUCAGGCCUUCAGCCCUGACCCCUUCAACACCCCCAUCUUGCCCAAAUCCCUGGACAGUGGCUAUGACACAGAGAACAACGAAUCUCCAGAAUUUCUCUUCAAAGAGCUUGGAGAUCCGCGGGUUGGCGAGAGGAGCCCCAGGCUGGGCGGAGAGCCUGAACUUAUUCUGCAGGUGGGUUUAGGUCAGGGUGUCUGCACCUCCACCGGCACCUCGGAGCUUCAGCUAAAGGGCCUGACUGAUAAGAACCCGUACAGGGACUCGGCCUAUUUCUCUGACUAUGAUGCUGAAAAUGAGAGGAGCCCUCAAGAGGAAGGUUGUAAGUUCUUUGCAGGUCCUACCUACCAUGACUUCCAUGCUAAGAAAUUGAGCUCUGUUAGAGAUGACGAACCUACCAAAAGGCAAUUCAAUAACGAGGAACAUUUAACAAAUCUGAGACACAUAAAAAGUUGCGUUGUGGUGAAACUCUCAGAGGCUGAAUCUAGAUUAUCCCAUCCCCUUCCCACUCCUGGUGUGUCCAUGCUAUCACCGUUCCCGCCGCAGAUGGGCGGCUGCCUGACCAAAGAGUCGGCCCCUGCAGGCAAUGAACUCGGACUGGAGACGGAGCACUCGGGAGAGGAGCCCUCCUCCGAGCUCAGCUCCUCCAUUGUGUCCGAAGCGUCUUCCACUGUCCAGGAGGCCUCGGCUAACCACCAGGAAGGGAGCAGGAGAGCAGAAGAUUGCUCCCCUUACCAGUCUCUGAAUUUGGACUCCACCUUGACUGAUUGCGGAGAUGACACCCUCAAGGAAAAUGAAAAUGGCGAUGGAUCCACAGAGGAGGAGGAGCUGCCCGAAUUCAAUCAUGUCAAAGAGGAAACGGAGGACAGAAGGACGGGUGUGAGAAUAAAUGAAGAAGAUUUUGAGGACAUCGAUGCAGAGGAGUGCGACUCACAGGACAGUUUGUGUGAAGAAUCCAACGGCCCCGUUGACCUGUCGACCUCCUCGUCGUUGCUGGAGCUGUGCGGAGAAGAGGUCAGAGCACCACUGGAGGAGGCGGAGGAUGAGGAUGACUCUGACGACAGUGAGUCAGAUGAAGAGCUGAGGACCUACAACAUCCAGGAUGAAGACAGCGAGGAGAGCGAGGAGGAUUUCAGCACCGUGCCAGUGGUGGUGAGCGACUGCAGCAGGGCUAGACACCUCCGCAGCCUCUUGAAGAUGCCCACCCUGCUCACUCAGUCCUUCUGUGACGAGUUAGAAAGGAAGAAGAAAGCGGUGUCCUUCUUCGACGACGUCACGGUGUUCCUCUUUGACCAGGAGAGUCCCACGGGAGAGCUGGCUGACUUCACCUUCUCCACGGGAACAGAGGAAUCUUCAGAGGCCAAAACCUCUGACCCCCAGACACAACCUGACCCUGAACUUGAAGCUCAAGUCUGUGAAACAUUGUGUGUUUCUGAAGAAACGGAUGGGAACAACUCAGAUAAGGAUGGGGGUUACGAAUGGACAGAUGACCUUUCAUUUGAGGCCCGCCCGUCUUCACCCGACACCAUCCCCGAGCCCCAGUCCUCACCCACAUCCACCUCCAACAGUCCUGCGGCUCCGAAACCUGCAGCUGUUGCACUCAACCGUUUUAUGGUCUCGAGAUUCUCUAUCACACAUGUCUCCGACUCCCACAUAGGCUCAGAAACAGGGGACGGUGAAGAUAGUCCAAAAGACUGAGCGCCCCAAGGCCUGAUGAGCUCCGAGUCGCCCUCAACACAGAAAAGCAGCAUUAUUAUAUCCAGAUGUUUUACAGAGUUUUAUUUUUAUUGACGUUCGUGGGCAUCUGACUGUGGUGACCCCUUCCUGCGACAGUGGCCACAUACUGUAGUGAAACAUUGUUGAUAAUUUAUCUUUUUUUCUUUAUUUUAAUUGUGAUGAAAGAAGAGCUAGCUGCUGGUAUGGCAACCAGGAAAAUGGGAACACAAUCUGAUUAUAUUGAUUGCAGGAAAAAAAACAUCAAGUAAAGUUCAUGACAAUAGCUUGUGCUCAAUGCGGCAUCGGUCUGUGUUGGUCACCUUACAGGUCAUUUGAUUUGUGAAUUUAUAAAAAAGAAAAUAAAUAAAAGGUGGAGAAAAAAAAAAAGUAAUGACACGACAGGCUUCCUAGCUGCUCCUCUCAUUGGCUGCCUCGGUCUAUCCGCUUAACAUUAAUCUGGCAUUUUUAAAGACUGUUACCACUUUCAUAGCUGGAGCCAGAAAACAAUGCUUCAUGAUUGCUGCAAUCAAUGCUGUUCCAAACACACAAUCUGACUCAGUCGGGGGUGGUGAUGACAGUGUUUGAAGAUGGAGGCGCUGAAACUUAAUUUGUCCAGGUCACAUCUAAAGCAUACUAAUGGUGGAUACAGCCUAUUAUUGCAGGAAGUCAAGGUGUGAUUGCCACUCACUCUAUAAUGACGUACAGUAUAUGGUUUAGUCCAAAGUCACCAUAUUCGUCUGAAGCACUUUGUUUAAGCCCUGAUGGGUCUGUUGCUCAGCAUCUCCCCCCACCCUGGAAUGAAAUAUCUAAUUGUUUGAGAUUCCCCCGUUUGUGUCCACAGUGCCAGCUGCAGGUUCACUUUGCUUUGUGGCAAAUUAGCUUUGUUUAGCAUUUCAUCAGCAAUAGUAUGACACCAAAAAAGGGGACGGGAUUCAAUUCAGCGGUGUCGUGUCAACGUGCCAGUCACAAAUGUUGAAUGUCAUCUUUGUGCAUUUUGUUUCAACAUUGCUGUCUAUACAUAAUGUAUUCUAUUACAGUUGUGCUGAAUGCCUGGGACUGAGGUGUCCAGAAAAAAAAAAUAGAUAAUAAAAGACAUUCAAAAUAAGACAUAUCUCACAUAUUGUCUGAAUGUUAUAUCAACAUGUAGCAGGUAGCUUGACUUGAAUUACUACUGCUGUAUGGACAGCUCCUCCUCCCUCUCCAUCCUGCUGUAGCUCAAAGUGCCAAUCCUGUUUCUCCUCACCUUGCAGGGCGAGAGAGCAUGGCUAGCCUUUGAAAAGAUGCAAUCAAGGGUGGCAGUCUCUCAAAUUUGCCAAAGAGAUAUUUCAAAGCCCAUUGGCGAUGAAGUGGCAGACACGCUUUGGAGAAGGUGAGGUGGGUUGUUCUAUGCACCAGUAGUAACAUCAUCGCUGUUUCCAUUUCUCCCUCACUUACGGCUAUUGUACUAUCCCAAAUAAAUCCAAAUACUUUUUC